AACAACAUGACAGCAUUUUCAGCUUAUGCAAGUGAGACAGCAGCAGACAGUACCAGAUCCAGCUGACGGCCCGGCACACAGACAGCGACUUUAUUUCCAUCCUCAAGACCUUCUCUACCGCUUGAAAUCCACCGAAAAUGUUGGCCAUCCGCGGUGCUCUCUUGGGAACGGCCAGAAAUGUUCCGGCGGUGCUGGCCUGGCGCAACAAGCACACUCUGCCGGACUUGCCGUACGACUUCGGCGCUCUGGAGCCGGUCAUCUGCCGCGAGAUCAUGGAGGUUCAUCACCAGAAGCACCACAACGCCUACGUCACCAACCUGAACGCCGCCGAGGAACAGCUGAAGGAUGCCGUCGCGAAGAACGACGUCUCGAAGGUCAUCCAGCUGGGCGGUGCCAUCAAGUUCAACGGCGGGGGCCACAUCAACCACUCGAUCUUCUGGAAGAACCUCUCGCCGGACCGGUCGGAUCCGUCGGCCGAGCUGAAGAAGGCCCUGGAGCGGGACUUGCACGGCUUCGAGAACUUCAAGAAGGAGAUGAAGGCCGCCGCCGUGGCCGUCCAGGGCUCGGGCUGGGCCUGGUUGGGCUACAACAAGAAGACGAAAUCUCUGCAGGUUGCGGCCUGCCCGAACCAGGACCCGCUGGAGGCCACCACGGGUCUGGUCCCGCUGUUUGGAAUUGACGUGUGGGAGCACGCGUACUAUCUGCAGUACAAGAACCUGCGCCCCAACUACGUCGAUGCCAUCUGGGAUGUGGUCAACUGGAAAGAUGUGUCCGAGCGGUUCGCGAAGGCGCAGUAAGAGGCUGCUCGAAUAAUAAUAAUAAAAAAGAUAGAUGCUUUGGAGCGUGUAAACGCAAGCUUUUGGUUAAAAUUGUCAUUGUACUAGCAGCGAUCGGGAUCAAAUCCACCAAUAAAGUGAUUUUGUUUUGGCAGUAAAAACA